AUGGCAGCCAGAUCUUAUGAAGCUGGUUUUAGAAAAUACUAUGGUGACAGAGUGACCAACAUCUCAGAUGACACAUCAGAUGAAGAAAUUAGACAAGUUUAUGACCACUGGGCUAGAGAUUAUGACAAGGUGAUUAAAAUGUAUCAAAUCAAGUCCAGAGACUAUACUGGAUCAACAAGGUUUCUUUCAUCAUCCUCCCCACCCCCAACUCCCUUUCAAGAGUUGGAGGAUAUAAUUUGAUGUUACCAGUUUUUUUUAAAAAUUGAAUGUAUCUUAAACCUGUUUCACACUGAAUCCUUUUAUUUAAUAAAGAAACUGUAGGUUUUUAAACUCCUUAUUUGAUCUCCUUUUGUUACUAUCCUUUGUGUGAACAUGUGCACCUUGAUGCACUCCAUCAUUUUUGUCAUAAAAUUUUACAUGUGCAUUGUUGAGGUAGAGAUGGAGGGGACAAAUCCUGUUGUCCCAUUCAAAAUUUUCUGGGAGCGACAAGUUUCAUGUUACAUUAGUUUGAUUUGUAUUAAUUAGAUGUAACAAUACAAGGUUUUUUUGUAAUUUCCAUAUUACUUCCAAUUACUGAUUUCAAUUUGAGAGUAAGGUAUAUAAGUUGGUCACAAAUUUAAGAUAAUUCACCUUAAAAAGUGACUGUAAACUUUUUAAGUGAUUAUAAGGGCUAGAAAUCUAAACCCAAGGACAUUAUGCUCCUGCAUGCUUCUAAACAAUUUCCAUGCCCUGUCCUGGAGGCUUGAACUAUAAUAUGUUUCAUUCUUUUGAGAGGGGAGGGUGAUAGCAGAUAAAGUCUUACCCUGAAAUAGCAGUAGCUGAUUCAGAUCUUCAACAUUCAGUAUGGGAGGCAGGGGAGGGAGUUGCUUGCUCAUCCCGAGUCAUCCCAGGAUCAGAUUAAAGCCUAGCAUAAAAAAUAACUCUUUUUGACGCCUUCAGGCUUCAGUUUAGGUAAAAAAAAAAUGGUCGGGCCUUAUCCUUGGACCCCCUUCCCUAUAUCUGCCACUGCUGUAUGUGUUAUUUUAGUAAAAUCCAGCUAGUGGUCUAUUAUCAAUGCUCCGUUCUGAUUGGUUGAGCUACGACUAGGCUAUAUUUUAUAGCCCACUAGUAGCGAAAAGCUCCAGCUUUCAAUGGCGGCUGAAUCGCUUUUGGUAGCUUAAGUUGUUUUGUCUCGAUAUUUUUGACCAGCUAGUUGGAUUUUACUAAAACAAUUCUUAUUCCUGUUGCCCUCAUUGCCUCUGAGUCAAUAGCCCAUUUGGACUUGAGGAAUAAUUGUUAAAUAUUCUUGACUUACACCAUUGGAAAUUAAGUCCUAUACAUGUAUUGAUAUCGGACUUAAUAAGCUGUAUUGAAUUAAACACAAAAAUAAGUGGCCCAUCUGUUGUUUGCGUUUAUCUCUGUCCCUUAGAAUGUUGUUGAGGCAGCACGUGGUGUUUAUCACAAGCCACUUGCUGAAUGUCUGGAGGGAGUUCUCACAGAAAAUUUUCCCGAAAAAGCAAAAGAUGACCUUAAAAUCAUUGACGUGGGAGCUGGGACAGGAUUAAUAGGAAUAGAACUUCAAAAACUUGGUUACAGUAAUCUCCACGCGCUGGAUAUUUCACCUGAAAUGUUAAAAGAAGCAAAGAAACGGAACAUUUACAAGAGGUUUUUUUGUGUCGGAUUAAGUGACCAACAGAUUACCGAAAUACAAACAGGAGAGUUUGAUGCCCUUAUAUGUGCUGGUACCCUCCUCACAGGGCAUAUCAGGGCAGCUGCUUUUGAAGAAAUGGUCAGGAUGGUGAAACAUGGUAUAAUAACUAAUCAUUGAUUGUUAUUGUUGUUGCAGUCACGGCCUCUGAUAGAGUGCAAAAAAUACUAGGAGAUUAAGGGGAAUCUUCUGGAGGUCACGUUACAUGGCAAAAAGGUCUAUUAUAUUAAAAAAAAAAGAGUUUUCCGACCUCAACACGGCCUGGUUUCCCCGCGAAAUGACGUUCGAGGAACGAGCGCAGAAAUUCCAUACUGAUGACAACUGAUAACACGUCUAGCCUUUUGUACAUUAUGCUAGCAUUUUUUCGAGCAUUUUAGUGAGGCAAAAGCAUUGAGCAUUAUUCGAGCAUUUUAGUGGCAUUUUCCCCGGAAAAUUAGUUUUCCGAGAAAAUAAAAUAGAAAUUAACUUUUUUCAGGAGCCCAUGCCCCACGAGCUCCUGCGUUUUUAAAGAAAAUGAAGAGUAAAACUCAAAAUUCACAAAAAACCUAAUACAGCUGUUUUUUUGGCUGUAUUUAUGAACUUGUACACGUUGUAGUUGUUACUUGCAACACUUGCACGUUUUUGUAAGUGUAAACUUUGAAAUUAAUUUAAAAAACCGUUUGUAUAAUGAACAUUAUCCGAGCAUUUUAGUGACUUUUUUGGGGAGACCGAGCAUUUUAGUGCGAAAAAUGGAGCAUUAAGGUGGAGCAUUUUAGUGGGGAAGCAAAAGCAUAAUGUACAAAAGCGUAAACACGUCUCCAUAGCUAUCCAGAUCUCGGUAGAACUUCUGAUUAAACCAAGCAAAUUUUUAACCAAUCACAAACAGUACCCAUAUCUGGGUAGUGACGCGUCAUCAGUAUGGAAUUUCUGCAGUCGUUCCUCAAACGUUAUAUCACGCGGAGUAAUGGCGUCGUGAAAUGUCGGCAGCUUUCUCAGGCUAGAUAAUCAGAAGCCCGCUGUUGUUGUUGCUUUGUUUAUUUUUGUUCUUAUCAUGCUCACGAAAUGAAGACUUAUACAAAUACUUCAUUUUAAUUGUUUGUAGGUGGUGUAAUCUGCUUCAACAUCCGGGAUAAUCAGCUGGUUGACUAUCAAGCAAAAAUACGGGAACUUGAAAAAGCGGCAAGAUGGGAAAUGAUCACUGAGAACGUAGUGUCUUUUUUCGAAAGUGAGGAAAUGCCCAGAGAAACUUACGCUCUCUUGUUUAGAGUUUUAAGGAAAUAA